ACUGGCAGUUGUUGCUAACUUCCACGGACUGGCUGUCAUAGAAAUGUUAUUAUGUUACAGGCGACAAAUGUGUGCAAAUAUUGCUCAAACACACGUUUAUCGUUCCUGAAAGAACCAUAUUACUAACUCAGCUAGCUGUUUUUGGUCAAAACUUGCCAGAGUUCGUCAACAGUAAUGUCUCUGCCUCCAGAGAAAGCUUCCGAGCUGAAGCAAAUCAUUCACAACCAUCUGCUCAAGAUGGACAUCCAUGGGAAGAUCCGAGAGGUGCUGGCUGAGACUGUGAGGGAUGACCAAGGCCCAGCACACCGAUCUCUGUCUGAGGUGGAUUUCCUUCAUGCUCUACAGCGCAGGGGUAUCAUAGAUGAUGUAAUGAAGGACCUCCACUUUACCCAGGAAGUACCCAUGGAUGCAGAAACAGGAUCCCCUCCAAAACCUGCUACUCACUUUGUUGACAAGAAUAUUACUCAACUGAAAAAAACCAAUAUUGACCCAUCCAGGCGGUACCUGUAUCUCCAAGUGCUUGGUGGUAAGGCCUUUCUUGAGCAUCUCCAGGAGCCAGAGCCUUUACCUGGCCAGGUGUGUUCUACAUUUACGCUCUACCUGCACUUCCGCAACCAGAGAUUCCGCUCAAAGCCAGUGCCCUGUGCCUGCGAACCUGACCUGAAGGAGGGUUUCCUCUUAGAAAUCCACAGAGAUGGCACAGGAGAAGGCAGUAAAAUGGCGGACGCAACCACCAUGCUGUCUUUGUGUGACCCGGUUCACUUGGUGCUGAUCAAGACGGACACCUCCAGUGAGACAACGCUGGUCUCAUCCUACUUUCUUGACUGGAGGACGGUCCUCAGCUCUCCUGGUGGAAGGACCUGCUUUGCUGUGGAGCUGAUGGGAGUUGGAAGUGAAUGCAAAGUCCCAGCUGGUGUUUUGACUGUCAGCUUGGAGCUCUACCCUCCGCUCACAGAGACUCUGAGCACUGACAUCAUCAGCACACAGCAAUCACUGGAGAGGCAGAGGACGGCAGAGAAGGAGAGACUCUUCCUGGUUUACGCUAAACAGUGGUGGAGGGAGUUCCUUGAGAUUCGUCCAUCACACCAAUCCAAAAUGGUCAAGAUUUUUGCACAGGAUGAGAACGGUGUCAACAGGCCAGUGUGUUCUUACGUGCAUGUCCUGCGGGCAGGCCGGCUGCUGGAGAGCCCUCGACAGGCGGCCCGCUUCGUCAGCCUGCUGGCCCACGAGAAGGCCCCAGUGGUGGGAGGAGGAGGAGGCAAGCAGGAGCAGUGGUGCACAUUAAUGGCUUUCCUGUGCAGAGGGAAGGGGGACUGUGAGGACCACGCCACCCUGCUGUGCAGCCUCUUGCUGGGCUUUGGCCUGGAUGCAUACGUGUGUGUGGGCACCAAAGCCAAGGGAACGCCACACACCUGGGUCCUGACCCACGGCACUGAUGGGAGCAUCACCUUCUGGGAGAGUCUAACAGCACACAGAUACCUGCACCAGGCCAUAGAUCCAGAUGCCCCACCCCUGGCCCCCCAGCCCAAACCCUCCUCCCCCUACCGCACUGUGGGCUGUGUCUUCAACCACCAGACCUUCCUCGCCAACUGUCAGCCCACUGAUGCUGUGGAGCUCUGUGUCUUUGACUUCCAGAAUCAGUCUCGGUGGAAGGUGAUGAGUGAAGAGGCUCUGAAGUCUGUUUGCGCCCCAGGCUCCACCACCUCUCUGCCCCCUCUGCCUCCACUCUGUGCCCCAUCUCUGGAUCCUGCUGCUGCCAGCAACCAGCUGGAGCUUGAAAUGCGCUACCUGGUUUCUGAGCACAGGAAGGACCUGGAACUGGCGACAGUAUGGGACGACCACCUGUCCUACCUGCUGUCAUCAGCGUUGUCAGCCUAUGAGCUGGAACGUUGCACAGGUGUCUCCUGUGGCAACGAGGAGUUUCAGGAUGCCGUGAGGAGGGCGGUGCCAGACGGACACACCUUCAAAGGCUUCCCUAUCAACUUCUUGCACCGCAAUGCUCGUAGAGCCUUUGCCACCUGCCUCAGGUCUCCAUUCUGUGAGGAGAUAGUGUGUUGUCGUGGUGACCAUGUGAGGCUUGCGGUCCGUGUUCGCGUGUUUGCCUAUCCUGAGAACACAUGUGCAGUGUGGCUCAUGUUUGCAUGUAAAUACCGCUCUGUACUCUGACCGUUAGAGCGGUGGUACCCAAAAACUACCAGCUUAUGUUGCACGUUGACGUCGGACAAUUGUUUCCACCUACAGAAGGACACAACAGGCCUGCUUCCUAUAGACUUAAGUAUGUACAUUGCCGUAAGAAUACCUGGACCCACGGUGAGACUAAAUUUAAAUUGUAAAGUUGUACUCAGAGACACGUGUACAGUCAUGUUUGUGGUUGUCUCUACUGUGACGCUCAGACCUUUAUUUUGUUGUGCAGUAGACUCUUCCUUUG